AUGGACUUCGCACAUUUGCCACCGAUAACAUGGACUUCGCUUAAUUGCCACGGACAACAUUUGGCACCUUGUUUUCUUACCAUUUUGGACUCUUGUACCCCUGGCCUUUCUUCAUACGCAGUUGGCGCGCCCUCCUGCUUCCGUGUCGCCGCACCACUGCUCCGCGCGCAGCCGCACCCGCGCCGUUGCGCCAUUGCUCCGUGCGUCGCGCCACCGCGCCGUGCUGCUGCUCCCGCGCCGCCGCCCCACUGCGUGCUCUGCGCUGCCGCGCCGUGCGGCUGCUCCCGCGCCGCGCCGCCGUGCCAGCGCGCAGCCGCUCCUACACCGCCGCUCUGCGCGCCGGAGCCAAGGCGGCCCUCGCGCGCGGCUACUCACCGCCACCGCGUGCGGCGGUCGGGGCCAGCACUGCUGCUCCUCACCGCCAAGGCCGGCACGCCCCCUCCCCUGCGUCCGUCAGGGCCGGCGCGGCUGCUCCGCGCCGCCGCGGCUGGCACGGCCCUAGGACUCGGCCAAGAGUGCGCGCUCCCACGCCGCCAGGGCUGA